AUGGGACCCACUUCCCGUGGUGGGUCCCGUUCGCUGGCAGACCCACCUUCUCCCGCCUUCACCUUCCCCGACCUACGCACUGAACCCGCUCCCGCCCAAUCCACCGUUGUUGCCGCUCGCCAACUUCCUUCACCGCCGUUACUUCCACCGGUCUCGUUCGAUAUUCGAGAGUACGGGGGCCCGCUGGGGUUUGACCAGUACUCUGGGCCGCUUCAGUCUAUCGAUCAGUCGGGCCCUUACCCGGGCCAAGGCUAUGGAGGACCUCCACCUGGGGUGUUAUCCAACGUGAAUGUUCAGCCUCCGGUUGAGCAUAUGGCUGGUCCAGCGGCCUAUCCGAGUCCCCAGUCGCAACAAGUGAGCGCGGCAGAGGCUCCCCGUCCUGCCGCUAUCGCCGCUGCCGCCUUCAACCCUCUCGCGCCGACCCCUCAGGACCUGAAAUCGGUCAAGAUAAGUACUCAAUUCGCGCUGCGGGAAUAUCUGGCCCUUCAAAGAAAGAGGGGUCGUCUCGAUGGCGCCACGUCGUUGGAGUUGGAAGACCAGAUCAGGAACCAGGGCCGAAUUCUGCUUGGCGACCUCAAGUUCCUGAGAAAAAAGGUCGGGGUCCUGAUCAAGGAGGGCGAGAAUCACCGCUGGAGGAACUGGCUGAUUGGCGGAGCCGUGGCGACUUUCAUCCCAGCCGUAAAGAGAAUCUUCCGCCGGCCUUCUGACAGGUCACAGGAUCAGGUGCAGGCCUCCAACAGCACCGAGUACGCCUUUUGGCGCAGUAAGGCACUAGUCGCUCGCAUCAAGGACAGUCUCCUCGGCCGGAACAGCUUCGCCAGCAUAGCCUUCUUCGUCUUCGCCGUCUUAUAUGUUUUCACCAACGAGGUCUCCCUCCAGGUGGCCAAGACAGUCUCGAAACGCUUGAAGCGACUCGGUGCCAAGAUUGAGCGGGGCGACGCCGAUAUCGUCGAGCAGGACAUGAAGCUGCUGGAGGGAUGGCGAUGGCGGGUGCUUAUGUGGGGUCAAUGA